AUGAUGGACUUUGACAAUGUUUUAUCUCUUGCGACCCAGAACCGUGGUGACAGUAGUGUACAGAAAAGAUAUAGUUUACAAACCGGGCCUCCUAAGAAAGAUCCAAAGUCUAAAGGUGUAAGUUCUGCUGCCAUACAAGCCCUUCUGAAAAAGAAACAAAUUGAGAAUAAAAUGAAAGUAAUAGAAAGGAAGAAACAGAAAGAAGAACUCUUGGCCAAAAGGGUUGAGAAGAAAACAGACCGCAAAGCCCGUGCUAUGGCCUCCAGAACCAAGGACAAUUUCCAUGGAUACAAUGCUCCACUAAACCAGGUCAUCCACAACCCAGACCAGGAGGCCCACCACCCCAACCAAAAUCGGGUGUUAGGCCUGGAGCCAGUGGAGUCAGGGCUCCGAGUGUUGGACAAAGCCGACCUAGUAAUGGAGGACCUGCCCCUGGAAGAGCAGCUGACAGUGAAUAUGGUCGGAUCGAAAGCAGGCGUUCCUCCAAGACCGGGCAUGCCGUCGCAGCAGAGGCCGGGAAUAUUGCAGCAGCAGAGGCCGGGAAUGUCUCAACAGAGACCCGGAAUGUCUCAACAGAGGCCUGGGAUGUCGCAGCAGCAGCAGAGACCCGGGAUGGCGCAGCAGAGGCCGGGAAUGUCGCAGCAGCAGAGGCCGGGAAUGUCGCAGCAGCAGAGACCCGGAAUGUCGCAGCAGCAGAGACCCGGAAUGUCGCAGCAGCAGAGACCCGGAAUGUCGCAGCAGCAGAGACCCGGAAUGUCGCAGCAGCAGAGACCCGGAAUGUCGCAGCAGCAGAGACCCGGAAUGUCGCAGCAGCAGAGACCCGGAAUACCUCCGAGACCAAUGAACAGACCCCCGGGCCCAAUGUUGCCGCCGAUUACUUCCGCAUACAAGAGGAAAUUUGAGGAUGAAGAAGAUGAGUAUGAUUCUGAAAUGGAUGAUUUUAUUGAUGAUGGGGAUGAUGACCAAGAAUCAAUUUCUCAACACAUUAAGCAAAUCUUUGGUUAUGAUCGAAACAAAUACAAAGACGAAAGUGACUAUGCACUAAGAUUCAUGGAAAGCAGUUGGAAAGAUAUGCAAAAGGAGGAAGCAAGGAGCUUGAGAAUGGCAGUACAGGAAGAUCUUGAGGAGGAGAGAAAAGAGGAAGAGGAAUUUAAACGACAAAAUGCAAAGAAGCCAAGAAAAAAGUGA